GAAACGGGAAUUUAGAAUUGUUCGAUAGUGAGAGCGGGCCGGACCUCACACUAUCACCUCAGACCUUCACGUCGACGGCGGAGGCCUUCAUCAAUGACAAUAGUGAUAGUCUUGGCGUUCCAGGAGACAACGAUACGGGUAGCAGCGAGGAAUCGAGACCUGGGGGUGGGGAUCCUGGAAAGUUGGGGGUGAAGAAACCAAGACCGAAGGCUUCGUCGCCCAACCGACAGGGACCACAGCAGUGCCAGGUCUGCGGGAAGGUGUUCAACAACGCAUCGGCGCUCACGAAGCACAAGCUGACGCACAGUGACGAGAGGAAAUACGUGUGCACGAUGUGCGGCAAGGCGUUCAAGCGGCAGGACCACUUGAACGGGCACAUGCUAACGCAUCGGAACAAGAAGCCGUACGAGUGCAAAGCGGAGGGAUGUGGCAAAUCGUAUUGCGACGCGAGGAGUCUGAGGAGGCACACGGAGAAUCAUCAUGCCGGUAGCAAGGUGAACGAAAGCGUUAGUCCUAGCAGUCCAACCACCGGUCCUCACACACCAAAUACACCGGGAAGUAAUCCCAGCACGCCAAGCACACCAGGAGCGACGUCGACACCCAACGGCCAUGGACAUCCGGCCUUAAAACAAUUGCUCGCCACGGAACCGUCACAGGCGCAGCAGCAAAAGAGUGCCACGUCUCCUGGUGCUAGCAACGAUGGUCUCACGAAACAGCAACUGGAGCUCAUUCAACAGAUUAUGCAACAGACGCAGCAGCAACAGCAACAACAGCAACAAACAUCCGCGCAACAGCCACAGCAACAACGCAGCAAUUCAUCAAGCACAGUCACAGCGCAGAUUCAAAAAACGCAAAAACCGUCCGUCAAGUCCACAACUUCAUCUGGCAGCGUUUCGAAUAAUUCUGGAAGUUCAAAUGCAACAAAUAACGCGAGAUCCAGCCCCAAACCUAAAGUCUGGAGUCACGUACAGCAACAGCAACAGCAAGCACAACAACAAGCACAGCAACAGCAACAGCAGCAACCGCAACAACAGCAUCAGCAACAACAGCCGCAGGCCAAUUCGCCAGGAGGUGGAAAUGUGGGGAAAAGCAGCCCAUCGCCGGGAAAUUCGGCAUCCCCUGGCACUGUGACAGCGUCCAACAAGUCGCAGACCGAACCGAAACCGGUCGAGUGCAAUUUGUGCCAUCGAAAAUUCAAAAAUAUACCGGCACUCAAUGGCCACAUGAGACUCCAUGGCGGUUACUUCAAAAAGGAUGCUGAGAACAAAAAAAGCGAGAAGAAAGAGGUUGUUGGUCCGCCUUUACAAACUGCGUCUGUCAGCGUUAGAGCGCUCAUUGAAGAAAAAAUUAUACAGAAAAGAACGACUGCAGCGGACACAAAUUCAAAUCAACAGGCACGCACAAACGCAACAGUUUUUACCACCCAAGCCGACAAUGCGUCGCAAAUUUCCGGUAAAACGAGUUUCGCGGUACCAGCACCGCCUCCAUUGGCCUCCGCGGAAAAGGUCCGCAGACUUUCGGAUGGCGAGCACUUCCGGCAGCCCAAUGUCACCGUUUCCGGCCACACGACCGUGCAAAAACAGUUACAGGAAGCGCAGACCCAGGCUCAGGCGCAGGCGCUGGCCGACAUGAUCUUGAAGGGAACCACUAAAAUGGCUGUGAAAAGAACAACUUCCGACCCGGGGCAAAGAUUGCAUCUGACUUAUCAGACAUCGGUUCAAUCGACGACUAGUCAGCAGCAACAGCAACAGCAGCAACAGCAACAACAACAGCAGCAGCAGCAGCAGCAACAACAGCAAAAUAAUCAGGCUCAACCUCAGCCCACGGUUACUGAAAGUUUUUCAAUGACAGGUUACUCUGAAGACGGUGGUUAUUUUAGCCCAAGCCUUCAAGAUGAGGUGUUUCAACAAGUCACCGCAGUUCCCGACAGCGUUCUUCUUCAUGCUACUCAAUUGGAUUCACUUCAAUUUCAGACAGCAAGCCUGUUACAAGAACAGCCCGCGGAGCAAUUGCAAGACAUCACUCUGGAGGACCGAUAUCCAUCGCAGCACACAGUGAACCCAGACCUGCAGGCGUUGGUGAACUCCCCGUUGCCAGACUCGUUAGCCGAGUUCAGCACGUACGGUGCCCAAUACACCGAGAGCCCGCACACGUUACCCACUCAGUCUCCUCUGCCAUCGCCUUUGACGAGACACGACAGCCCGAGUUUCACAUAUCCAACGCCGCCAGCGAGUCAGGAGGGUCUUCUCACGGGCAGCUUCCCCCUGCUCAGCCCUCAAGAGGAUCCGGAGACCGUGAGACAAGUCUCGUCACCGUUGUCCGCGGCUUUCUACGCUAGCACCAUGUCCUCAGCGAUGAUGCCCAACUCGGAGGAUCCCCUGCUCUCCUCGACCCCGAAAGACUUCACCACGGCCAGCCGGAGACGGUUCGAGUUCCAAUCGUACAAAUUUAUCACCAGCCAGAACUUGGUCGACUUCGGGUUGGGUAACGGUAGCUUGGCCGGGAUCGUGGUGGACAACAACGGCGAGUUCAAGCUGAUCCAGACGGCGGGAUUGCAGAAGACGAACGUUCUAGUGCAAACUGGCUCCCUGAGCCCCGCCCUCACGUUCAAGAAGGAGAUGCGGCUGGCGACGCCCAAGAUGGAGCCUGUCACCGUGAACCUGGGCCUGAACGUGCAGACCAACCAUCAGUACAACGCCGGCCAGUUCAAUCAGCAGCAAGUGGUGAACCCGACCAAGUUCCUCAUACAGACGAACGUAGCCAAGAAUAAUAAUCUGAGGCAGAAGGUAGCCAGUGGAGGGAACCUGCCCAUCCCGGUUGAGCAGAUCAAGGAGGAGCUCUUGGACGAGGACGUCUUUCUUAAUCCCAGCAACGUGCCGGCUGGCAGCCCUGUCAGGCAGUGCAGAAAAAGGCCACGNNUGGACGGAGGAGGCCUCUACGCGAGCGCUUCGUAUCCGUCUAGAUUGAGGAAAGCCUGCGACAGGCAUUGGGAUAGUAGCUACACGCCGCCACCGAUCUUGGAUCCUUCCCGCCCUGGGCCUGGCCUGUACGCCAGGCUGCAUCAGUACGAGAGGGAUUCUGAUUUCAGCUCCGACGACUCGCAAGGGAACGAUGGCCCUCCCCCUAGAAUUAAUAUCGGCACGAGGUAUCAGGCUACGAUACCGCCGGUCGGUAGUGACGGGGACAGAGGAAAGGGGGAGCCAGAGGCCGACCAUCUGCUCUGGGAUCCUGGUAUAAAUAACGUGCUGACGGAUAACGAAUUGGAUAUGUACCUACAAUUUGCAUGCUGCGCCGCGGUACCAGGUGGAGGAAGAAACAAAGAAUACGCGCUUCAUCUGCUGCACAUGUGCAAAGGGAAUAUUCAUGAGGCCAUGUUGAAGUUGAUGAGACCAACACCUCCGUUGCCAGCGGAACAUCCAUUGCUCAGUUACGAGUGUCACGAGUCGGACCGAUGGACGUCGCAAGAGAUGGACGCAUUCUAUCAGGGCCUGUUGAAGUACAACAAGGAUUUCUCUGCGAUCUCGCGAGACGUGGGUGGCAAGUCCGCGAAACAAUGCGUGCAAUUCUAUUAUCUGUGGAAGAGGCUCUGCCCGGACGAAUACAGCAGACUUCGUGUUCGCCACGGUAAACCAAAGAUUAAGACAGAGAGCAAGGAUUGCAAGGAUACCAGGGAGCUUCGCGACGCCAUUGCGUCGGUCACGGAGAUGGACUUUAGCGAAGACAAAUCUAUUCUUCAUCGCACUCUGUUACAGACAAAUGAGAGAGAAAACUCGGCUACUCUGACCACCAGCGACGGAGAGCUGAGAUUAUUUGCAUACGACUGCCCCGAUAGCUUUAGCGGAAGUGUAACAGUAACGAUGGCCGGGAGCACCCAAACCGCCCAAACCGGCAAUACCGGCCACGCCACAGUCAACACCAACUCACAAACUCACACUAGUUCUGAGCAACAACUACCCGUGCCCACCCCACUUCACUACCCCUGCAAGAUUUGCGGGAAAGUUUUCAACAAAGUGAAAAGCAGAAGCGCGCACAUGAAAUCCCACAGGCCGGUACCCUCGCCCGAUUCAACGGGGCAGGAAUCUAAGAGGCCUGUCCAACAGCAAUCCAAGACGCAACAAUCCCAACAAUCCAUCCAGCAGCAGCGUCAACAGCAGCAGCAACCGCAACAGCAGCAGCAGCAACAACAACAACAACAAGCGAGCAGCGUUUCAUCACAGGCCCAAGAUUUCAAUCAGCAGCAACUGCCUCCCAGCAACGGCGACACCGGCGCUCAGAACCCAGCGCAUUUAUGGCACAAUCCGACACGGUUCAGGCCACCAUAGGACGAUGCCCAGCCGGUUCAACUAAAGUUACCUUAACGAAGGCUGUAACGGUACGGUAGGAAAGUAUUUUACGGUCGCGCGAACUACGUAAUAGAACAGGCACUAUACUAUAAAAAUAAGA